CAUAAAAACGCCGGGAUGGGACUCCCGGUGCCGCUUCCCGGCAGGAGGAGAGGAGCCAGCUCCAACAUGAGGGCAGCUCUGGCCCUGCUGCUGCUCUUGGCCGCUGCAGAUGCGAUGCACCGAGGGAAAGCUUAUGUCCGGGACAAGGUCUGCAAGGAGUACAGGGUGCUGGGAAAGGAGAACUUCCGAACCCUGACCAUCAUUGCCAACAGCCGGAAAUAUUCCAACGGCACCUUCGAGGAGAUCGGCCACCUCGUCCGGGACAUCGUCUCCCUGGCCGAGAAGUGCUGCGCCGACGGGGCUGACCCCUCCUGCUACGAUGCUGGGUCCACGGCGCUGUCGGUGAAAUCCUGCAGAGCAGACUCGCCCUUCCCGGCGCAUCCCGGCACGGCCGAGUGCUGUGCGCACCAGGGGCUGGAGCGGAAGCUGUGCCUGGCUGCCCUGCGGCACCCGCCCCAUCCCCUGCCCCGAUACCUCCAGCCCUCCGACACGGAGCUCUGCCAGGCAUUCCGGCAGGACCCCCGGGAAUUCGCCGAUAGGUUCCUUUAUGAGUAUGCCAGCAGCUACAGCCAGGCUCCCCUGCCUGUGCUUGUGGGCUCCACCAGGACCUUCCUCUCCAUGGUCUCCACCUGCUGCAUUUCCUCUUCACCCACUCACUGCUUCCUCAAGGAGAAACUGGAGAGGAAAACCCUCUCCCUACUCACCCUGACGUCAAACCGCAUUUGCUCCCGCUUCUCUGCAUAUGGGAAGGACAAAGUCAGCUUCAGCUACCUGACCUCGCUGGCUCAGAAGGUUCCCACUGCUUCCUACGAGGACCUUCUCCCCCUGGCUGAAGAUGCUGCCGAGGUGUCUUCCCAGUGCUGUGACUCCACGGCCGAGGACUGCAUGCAGAAGAAGCUGCUGGAGCACACGACCAAAGUCUGCACCGCGCUGUCGGGCCGGGACGGGCGCUUCGACGACUGCUGCAAGGGGAAAAACCUGAUGGAAAACCAUUUCUGCAUCCUGGCCAUGCUCCCAGCCCCUGCUCCCAAGCUGCCAGAGCCCUAUGAGCCGACCAACAAGGAGCUGUGUGGCAAGGAGGGGGCUCUCCACGCCACCAGGUACCUGUUUGAGCUGGCACGGAGGCACCCCUGCCUCCCUGAUGCCGUCCUGGCCAAGCUCUACGACUUCUCCGGGAAACUUCGGGGGGAAUGCUGCUCCACCAAGGACCCCUCCGCCUGCUUGGACGGCAAGCGCAAGCGGAUAGAAGCAGAGGUGUUCCCCUUCCUGGAAAACGCCAACCAGCUCUGCGGGCACUACCACAAGCUGCCUUUCCUCGAGUUCAAGAAGAGGCUGCGGGAAACCCUGGCACAGGCGGAGCCCGAGGCCAGCCCGGCGCAUCUGGAGCAGCUGCUGGAGCAGCGAGUGUCCUUCGCCUCCACCUGCUGCCUCCCGGAGGCUCCCCCGCUCCUCUGCGCUGCCAAGGUGAGCUCGGACCUGGGAGAAGUGUGCAAUAAGGAGUCCUGCCUGCUGGGAUAGUCCUGCCCGGAGCUGGCAGCAGGGAUCGCUCCUCCAGGCGCGCACGGAUGGAGCAGGACCAGGAGGCUGAGCUCUGUGAACACGCAGGACCGGGGGACAUCGGAAACAGGAGCAGCAGGGAACUGAGCUGGAGGAUGUCCGGCAGAUGGAAGAUGUCACCGAGCCCACAGCUCCCUGCCUCCCUUGUAACCCUGCAGACAAAAUAAAGACGAUAUAAGUCCCCUCA